AUGAUCACCUUAUCAUCCACAACAUCAUCCCGAUAUAAAGGAGGAAUUUAUUCUCCAUCAUUCUCCAUGCGACGACACAAUGAUCAUGGAACGGUUCCACUCUCUUUCUCUUCCCAGUUAUUAUUAUUAUUAUCAGUUAGUUUGAUAAUAAUACUGCUGUUAUUACUCAACCCACACACAACAACAAUAUGCCUGGCCGAGUACUCUCUACUCUCUGUAGAUUCCUUGCUCAGUUUGUCCUCUUCCGACUGUUCCGUACAAGUCUUGGAGAAAUUUACCUUCUCCUUUUCAACACCUUAUUCUGUACUCUCUCGUGCAUUGCCAUCUUCUGAAAGUUUACCCUAUGCACUUCAGUUGGAUCAAUCAGCGGACAUUUUCAUUGAGAGUCCUGAUGUAACAUUGUAUUCUCAAACACUACUCAUCUCUAGCGAUGGAAAAACAAUUGUAUUCCGAGUGAGUUUUGCGGACCCAAAAGAACUUGUUCAAAAACCUCAAGUAUCCAUUGUGUAUGGCUAUCGAUUGAAGCGAGGACCUGUCGAUGUUCAAAAUUAUAUGGCACAAGUGAAGUGGCAUACUCUCUUUGUGUCGCCUGUUUCGAGAGUUUCCUUCGUGUUUGCCUUUGAGGAAGGUCUCUAUGAAUCUAUUCAACCCACCGAAAAUGUAGAUACUUUUCACAAAUAUUCGAAUUGGAUGGAAGGAGUCAAAUAUACCAUUCUGAAUUUCAAUUCGACGCAACUUGCUCCAAACACAGAUUUUAAGGCUGGAUUUAAUGCCACAAACACCAAAUUUGCAAAAUGUGUGUUUCCUCCCACGACAGCACCUUACAUGAUCGAUGCCAUGUUCGUAUUCUUGUUUAUACUAUUACCAGUGAGUGUGUUUAUUUUGCUUUCAGCUAUCAUGUGUGUAUUGGGGCAUAUUUACAAGCGAUGGUCACGACAUCGAAUGGCCGUGCAUAAUGCCGUUGCUCAGGCAAACAACGACGCGAGUGACGACCUUGUACGAAGACAUCCAAUUUCACCUUCUCUCCCUCCUGCCACCAGUCACACACCAUUGCCUCCUUCCAAUGAGAAAACAGAAGAGCCACGAACCCAACAAACCUCUGUGAUCAUGGCACCCUCUGGUUUGAAUUAUGUUGUUAAUACUGUAAAUGAUCACGAGACGAAUGAUGGUUUUACUGGAGUUGUGUUGCCUCCCUACGUACCAGCAUCCUACUUGACAGAGAACAAUGGUGGAAACAAUAGAAAUGCUGAAAACGAGGUUGACAUUGAACCCAUUCAAUACACUUCCAACCUUAAUGUCGAAGACCACCACCAGCAUCGACCACCAAACGUAUGA